UUGUUUAUAGCUGAAUUAUUGUCGUCACCUCCUAUUACUUAACGCAGGUUUGUAACAACAGUUGUCUGAAUGAGCUUAUUUUCUAAUGUGCUAUCCAUGACAGGUGUAAUAUGUUGCGGGGGGAUACGCGGCUUAAUAAGAAGUCAAAUUAAUAUGUUUAUAGACAUGCGCAUCUUUCUGUAUUAGCCCGUUGUGUCAGCACGCGCACAUUUCUGCUGUCACGCGCGUGUGAAUGCUCUGUUUGUCUGCAUGUGGCGAGGGCGCUAACUGCUUGGCAGCGCUCCCCUCAAACUGUUCCGCUCUUCCCCAACCCCCGUUGCACUGCUCAGGCAACGAGGGCGGGGCCAGCCCAAAUAAAUGUGGGGAGGGGGAAAAAACCCGAAGACAACAAACCUUAAAAAUGUAGGCCACGGCGCGUGACCCAAUUCCUCAUGAACAACACAGCGAGAGUGAAUGUGGAGCACGGUUAUUAUCCUCCACGCCCGGCACGAUUCCAGGGCGGGUUCUACAGUCCUGGCCUGUGGAGAGUAAACCCACCCACCCACACAGUGUGAAAUCCACAUCCCCUGUGCAGUGAGGUCACAGGAGACGAAAGCAGGAUUGUGCAGUCAGAGGGAUGGAGGACAGGAGGCACUUGCCUCCAGAUGGAGGUGGCAAUGCCAAGCGCUCCGCCUCAGCAGAGUGCGACACAGAGGAUAGAGUGGUCAGGAAGGAGCAGGGUGACCCUGAGACCUCGACACAAAUGCGUGUGAGAAAAGAUGAUCUCUGUGAUGUCCCUCGCAAGGUGCCUCGUUUCCAGUAUGUGGAUUUCCCUUCUCUGCACCAGUGCAUCCAACAGCUUUCUGUGCCUCCGCUCAAUGGUUGGCUGGGAUCCUGCUCGUUGACAAAGGCACCAGACUACAGGCCCACCAGUCCUAAGGAAAAGGUUCCCAAGUUUAAAUAUGUGGACUACCCAUCUCUCCACCACUGCAUUCAGCAGCUGUCUGUGCCCCCUUUAGAAAGCUGGAGUGCAGGGCUCGUCAGGUUUAAUGCAGAGGGGAAACAAGAUGACUCUGGGACUGUGAAGAAUAACCUAAGGAACGAGGCAAGAGAUCAAAACAACGAGAACAGGAAUAGAGUUACAGCAUUUUCUUUCCCAAGAGACACACACACCUCAGUCUCAGGUAAGGAGGAGAGUCCUCAACACGACUACACUUCAGAGGUGCCACAGAGGUUAGAGAAAGGUAAUGCACCUCUAAGGUUCUGUUCUACUAAACCAGAAGCUGCUUUACAAUCAGUUUGCGGAUCUAGAUCAGAAUCUGGUUCUGGAUCUGAUAGCGACGCAACAUUGGGGAGAAACAACAGACCAUCGGUUAUUAACAUGGUGUACACAGAUAAGCAGAAGCGCUGGACAAAGGCAGGUCACCUGGAAGAACAGCUGAACUCUCCUGAUUCAGUCAGACGGGUACCGUGGAAUACCCUCCCAGAGUCAGUCUGCCCAUUCUGCCAACAGAUGUUCACAAACCCUGAGCAGUUCAGGGCUCAUCAGCGGAGCCAUAGAGAUAAGAGACCAAACUGAAGUGCAGAAGUACUGAGUGAGAACUGCUUUUGGCAAACAGUUAAUGCCACAUCAUAUGGAAUCGGAUCAUCAGAGGCCUUCUUGUGUUGUGACCGGCUAAAGUGGUAUUGCUGGCAGGACUAUAGGGAGAUCAAAGACACAUUAAACACGUUUGGGUUCAGACCUUAGGAAGAAUGCAAGACUUUGUCUUGACUGAUGUUGUGAUGUCUAAUAAGGCAGAACUGAACAGACAGAAACAAACAAGCAUACAAUAUGCAUGCACAUACAGUACACUUACAAGUGUGCUGACACACACACAAACACACACACACACACACACACAGAAUCCUAUUCAUGAUUCAGAAGAGGUCAAAAUGUACUGCCCCACAUAAGGACCAUCAAAUAUAAUGGGGUUUCAGCUCAAGACAGGGGAUUAGAACCAGAUUUAUAGUCUAUUCCACACAUACAUCAGCGUGUUUACAGGGGUGGGUGAAGCUUGAUGGACUGGUGCAUAAGAGGAUGAAUUUUAUUACAUAUGUGUUCCCCACACUGUGUGCAUAGUGGCAGGCUAAAUAUUUAGCUUUGGGUGCCUACAAAAUAAUGGCUAUUGUUAAUGCUGCACAAACAGACAGGUUUGUUAAUAAUGAUUUGUUACAUUAGCUUUUUAUUGUUUUGUAUUUUUUAUGUUUUUGGAAAUUAAUGUCUAGUGGCUUUGAGCUAGUAGCUUUAAAUCUUAAAAAUGUACCGCUUGUUUUCAAGUGUUUAAUUGUGUGAGUAAAGACUUUUUCAUACAGAAAUAAAUGUUUGACUUUUCAGUACAGGCAUGUCCUCUGCAAGAAAACCUGUUUGACAGGUUACCUCUCAGGUUCUCAGAUGAAGUAUUUAAGCUUUAUAUAAACAUAAGAGCUAAUCCAACAUCAACAGUAACAAAACUCACUAUUUACAUUUA